AUGAAUAAUGAAAUUAAAAAUAAUUAAUUAGACAAUUUGGAUUUUAAUAAAACUGCUAAAUUGGUAGAAGCAGAAAUAUUUACUUUUAAUUUUUAGUUAAAUGAAUUUGAUGAGCAAUUUCAAUAAAAAAAGAUAAAAAUAAUAGAAAUUGAAGUUAAAACAGAAAUAUAUAGUGAAGAAGAGGAAAUUUAUCACUUUUCAGAAUCAAUUAAUCCUGAUAGCGAAUCUAGUCGGUUAUCCUUCAUUGGUAAACGUAAUAGAGCCCUUUAAUUAAAAAUAUUAUUGGAAUAAAAAUUAGGAGAAGAUAAAAUUCAAUAGAGUAUUAAAAUAUUAUAUAAGUAAUUUUAUUAUUAAAUAGAGUGAAUUUACUUCUAAAAGAUUAAUAGAUUUAGAAAAAUAUGACUAGAAUUUUUACUAGACAUUGUUACCAUUCUUAUCUUUAAAAGAAUGUGAGAAUUUUGUACCACUACUUUUUUAACUAAUAAUAUUAUCAAAAUGA